AUGGUUACUAGCAGUAGUCAUAAUAUUUUUGAUUUUUCGGAAAAAGAUAAAACGCGUAAACGUAAACAAAAGACGACGGCAUCUAAGAGAAAAGCUGAAGAUAAGUCGCUUGAUAUUUUUAAUUUUCCUUCUGACGAUAAUUCUUCUAGAGGAGGAGGAGUCGUAGGUGGUGGUAGAGAUUUAAACUCAAAAAACGCGAAUAUCUCUUCAUCCCCACUUCUUAUUAAUAAAAAUUUAACAACUAAUGUUGAAGUUAUGACCGCGAGUAAAAAAAAAAAUAAUAAUGAUAAUUCACCACCUUCGACGCGUCUUUCAAGACUUUUAAGAAGAACUUCAAAGACAAAGGAAACAAUUGAAAUUUCUGAUGUUGGAAAAUCUACAUCAGAAAAGAAGGACGAUGAUAAUGGUUUUGAUUUUGUUAAAUAUAUAGAUGAAGAUUUAAAUAAUGAUAUUAUUGGGGAUGUUAUUGAGGAUGUCAAACAUUUUGAUUUUGAUCCAACUCCACCUGACAAAUCAACGGCUAAUAAAUCAACACCUAAUAAAUCAGCACCUACUCCUAAUAAAUUAACCCCACCUAAUGAAUCAACAUUAAACCCACCUAACAAAUCAACAUUAGGUCCACCUAAUAAAUCUUCUUCCGUUUAUUUUAAUAAUAUAUACAAAACACCACCACCUCCCAGAAUUUCCGAACAUCCAAUACGUUCAAUAUCUGAAGUUGGAACACCGAUUUCAUUCCUUUCAUUUCAUCGAAAAAAGACAACCGAAUCUGUUUGGGAUAUCGUCGAAACCGGAUCAUCCCCUAUAAAUAUGUCAUCACCGAGUUCUCGGAAACAAAAAAAUUUAAAAAUGGAAUCUACUGAAAUUACCACCACCACUACUUCAACCACAAUAACGACAAUAAAUCAAACUCAUCAAAAUCUUUUAUUACCUUAUGAAGAAGAUCCAUCUUUCGAUUCACCAACUUAUGGACAAAGGCGUACGAUUUUAGGACAAGAUUUAGAUUCAUUGUUAUUGGAUUCAUAUUUAUCUUCAGGAUUAAAGUUUAAUGAUAAUAAUGAAAAUGGUGAAGAUGAGGAGGAAAAAGAUUUUAAUGAGAAAUCGAGUCAAGUCAAAAGUUCACAUGAAUUACGUGAAGUAGGUGAAUAUACCCGAUUUACUGAUGAAAUGGUAUACAUUUUGGAUGGUCUUCGAAAAAGUCAACCGUUAAAUGUUCGCAGAACGAGUUCAGAUUUAUUGAUUAAUGAAUCUGGAUUUAUGGAAAUAAUUGUGGGUUGCUUAAAUUCCCCAUUGGAUCCUUUUUCUGAUGAUAAUGAAUUAAAGAGAUCUGAACGUUUAUUGAUCAAAGACAUGAAAGAAAUCAUAAGACGUUCUACAAUUUUCAGUUCAAAAUCAAAAAUUUCACUUAAAUCGAUAGCACUUCGAAUUCUAUCAUCAUUAACAUCUUUACGUACACGUUAUGAAAAUUUGAUUAAGAGAGAAUUAAAAACCUCGGGAGGUUUAAUCUCUGUAAUGGGUAUUUUAAAAACUGAACUUGAACAGGUGUCAAGAUUAUUAUCAAAAAUCGAGAAUGUAUUGGAUCUUGAACGUAUAGAACAAUGUCUCAGGAUCUUAGAAUACGCAGCAUAUUCUUGUGAAGAAAAUCAAAUCGACAUAGUUGAAAUGGAUGAAGAAUUAUUACAAUUGCUAUUGGAAUUUCUUUUAUAUUGUCAACUUGAAUCUUAUAAUGAUAAUUCUCAUAUAACUUACUCUGAAGAUUUAACUAAAUUAAAAGAUAUAGAAAUUAUCAAAGAAGAGAUACUUUCACAUAUGAUUGCCUUACUUAUUAAUUUGGCUGAAAUGGAUACAAAUAAUCAUGAUGAAUUUCGUAAAGUUGAACAAAAUCCAAAUUGUCCAGGAACGCAUAAAUGUCUUAGAAUGUGUACUUGCUCUUCACGAGAAUCAACAAUUUCAUGUCUCGUUUCUUUAUAUAAUCAUCAACUCGAGAAAAGUGAAAAAUGCGAUAAUGAAACCAUGUUAGCAGCCUUUAUCGCUUUAUUACUUGUUAGUUCGUUAAUUAAUUUUCUUCAAUUAUUUCAUUUUCAUGAAUUAAUUGGUGAAGUAGCGGCAACAGUAUUAGCGAAGUGA